AUGAUAUUUAUAAUUAUUUUUAUAAUUCUAAUACUUUUGAUAUGGCAUUACAAAAGCUUUACGUAUUGGGACAGAAGAAAUAUCAAACAUGAUUUCCCACUACCAAUAUUUGGUAAUCAUAUAAAAAAUAUAUUUGGAUUACGAACUGAGAUAGAAAUGGGUAUGGAAAUGUAUAGGAAAUUUCCAAAUGAAAGAUUAGUUGGAUAUUACAGAUGUAAGACACCGGUACUUAUAAUUCGAGAUCCUGAUUUAGUGAAACAUAUUCUAGUAAAUGAUUAUGUCAGUUUUUACGGACGUGGCCUUGGAAGGGAUCAUGAAGAAAUGUUAAUGCUUAAUCUAUUUCAUUCGCAAGGUGAUCUUUGGCAAUUAUUGAGGCAUGCUAUUUCUCCAACAUUCACGUCAGCGAAACUACGAGCUAUGUUUCCUUUAAUACAGAAAUGUACGGUAAGGCUUCAUGCGGUCGCCCAGGAACUAUCCGAACGUGGCAAUGAGAUAUCAGCGCACGAGUUAAUGGCGCGAUACACAAUGGAAUUCAUCGGUUCUUGUGGAUUUGGAAUUAAUAUGAACACAUUAAAUACAGAUAAAUCUCUUUUUAUCGAACUGGGACAGAUUAUAUUCACUAAGACCAAAUGGCAAGUAUUUUUCUUAGCGUUACGAGAAUUUUUAUCAAAAGAUAGUUUCAUAAAGAAAAUUUCAGUAGCAAGAAAUGAAAUAAUUACAUCGAUUAUGAAUUUAAUGGAUAUCAUUCGUAAAGAAAGAAACGAGAAAAAUAUACAAAGAAAUGAUUUUGUUGAUAUACUUUUAAAAUUAGAAAAGGAAAAAGUUAUCGAAGACCACUCAAUAUUGAAUAAAGACGAAAAUGGUGUACCCGUUAAAAUAAAGUUAAAUUAUACUGAAAUGCAUACAGCUGCUCAAUUGUUUAUAUUCUUCGCCGGCGGUUUUGAGACAUCUGCAACUACGAUGAGUUGGACGUUGCAUCAACUUUCCUAUCAUCCAGAUGUACAACGUAAAGUUCAAGAGGAACUUGAUAAAACUCUACAAAAAUACAAUGGAAUUUGUUACGAUGCUAUUAUGGAACUACCUUAUUUACAUAUGACAAUCAAGGAGGCGAUAAGAACAUUUACACCAGCUGGAUAUAUAUCACGUGAAUGUAUGAAGAAAUAUGUUAUACCUGGAACUAAUAUUACGAUAGAUCCAGGUGUACUUAUAAAUAUUCCUGCACAAGCGAUACAUUUAGAUCCUCAUAAUUUUGACAAUCCUGAUGAAUUUCGACCUGAAAGAUUUACAGCGGAAGAAGAAAGUAAACGUCAUAAAUAUGCCUUUUUACCUUUCGGAGGAGGUCCUAGAAAGUGCAUUGGGAGCCGCCUUGGUCUUAUAGAGACAAUGAGUGGUUUGGCGACUAUAUUACAACAUUUCACUGUUUAUCCAGGACCAUCAUCAAAACGCACUUUUAAAGUCAAACGCAAUGCUUUUAUCAUUCAAGCACUCGAUGAAGAUAUACCAAUUUUACUCAAGCCAAGGAAGAAAACUCUCUAUGAUGGUGAUCGCUGGAAAUUACUCAGACAUGGUCUUUCGCCGGCAUUCACCAGCAACAAAUUACGAAACAUGUUUCCUUUGAUAUUAAAAUGUACAGACAAACUUCAAGCAGUUGCUAAAAUAUUGGCGAAUAAAGGUGAGCAAAUUAGUGCUGUAGAUUUAAUGUCUCGUUUUACAAUCGAGUUUAUAGGUGCUUGUGGUUUUGGUCUUGAAAUGAAUACAAUAAAUACUGAAAAAUCUCUAUUUAUAAAACUAAGAGAAAUUAUUUUUAUAAAAUCCAAAAAACAAAUGCUACUUUUGGCUCUACGAGUUUUAUUUCCUGGUAUUAAGAUUAUUGACAUGAUUCCGAUUGCCAAUAAAGAAGUACAAACUACUAUAAUGAAUAUUAUGGAAAGCUUACGAGAGCAAAGAAACAAUAAACCUUCAGGUAGAAACGAUUUUGUAGAUCUUUUAUUAGAAUUAGAAGAAAACAAAACACUUCAAGGUGAUUCACUCGAUAUAAAAGACGAGAAUGGAUCACCUAAGAAAGUUGAACUUGAAAUAACUCCAAUGAUUUCUGCAGCACAACUAUUUAUAUUCUUUGCUGCUGGAUUUAAAACUUCAGCUACUUCUAUGAGUUGUACUUUACACCAACUAGCAUUUCACCCUGAAAUACAAUUGAAAGUGCAUCAAGAAAUUGAUACUAUACUACAUAAAUACGACAACAAAAUUUGCUACGAAGCAAUAAUGGAAAUGACUUACCUAGAAAUGGUUCUGAGAGAAUCUAUGAGAAUAUUUUCACCAGGUGGAUUGACAUUACGAGUCUGUAUACAAAAUUAUACUAUACCUGAACUCGGAUUAACUAUAGAAGCUGGAACGAAAGUUAUCAUACCUAUUCAAGCAUUGCACAUGGAUGAAAAAUACUAUGAUAAUCCAUCAGAAUUCAAACCUAAUAGAUUUUCUCCUGAAACAGUAAAAACACGACACAGAUAUGUUUAUCUGCCAUUUGGAGAAGGACCUAGAAAAUGUAUAGGUGCUCGCUUAGGGAUUAUAGAAUCAUUAACUGGACUAGUUGGAUUACUGCAAAAGUUUAAUGUUGAACCAGCUUUAUCUUCUAAGAAAGAUAUCAAGUCUAAAAAAAUAGCGUACAUCGUGCAAGUGAGCGAUGACGGAAUUCCAUUAAAAUUGAUACCACGAAAAACACAAAAUGCGUAG